AUGAGCUACUAUGGCAGCUACUACAGAGGCCUGGGAUGUGGCUGUGGAGGCUACAGAUAUGGCUCUGGCUAUGGAGGCUAUAGAUAUGGCUGCUGCCGCCCAUCAUGCCGUGAAGGAUAUGGAUUCUCUGGAUUCACUAAAAAACUUGCUGAUUCUCAUACUCUAACUCCAAGAUCUUGCCCGUAUGCUUCAGCAAGGCGAACACUUUUCUCAAUGUAG